CUGCCAUGAUUUUCUACCUUGCCACAGUCCCAAAGACAACCAGGCCAAGUGAUUAUGGAUUGAAACCUCUCAAACUGCUCGGUUUCAUCUUGCCAUCUGCAGUCGGCCAGUUUCAGUCACAGAAGAGGCCACAUCUGCUUCCUGUAGGCCCCCUGGGCAGAAGCAUGCACUGGUGCCUGCUCCUGAUCUGGGCCCAGGGCCUGAGGCAGGCUCUCCUCCUCGCCUCAGUUACAACAGGCACAUUUGUGAUGAAGGGGAACAUUUCUGCAGAGGAAGGUGGCUCGGUCGUCUUACAGUGUCAUCUCUCUUUCACCAUGGCUGAAGUGACCCAAGUCAACUGGGAACAGCGGGACCAACUUCUAGCCAUUUGUCAUACUGAAUAUGGGUGGUACAUCAACCCGGCCUUCCGUGAGCGGGUGGCCCCGGGCCCUCACUUUGGCCUAAUUUUCCAGUCACUGACCAUGAAUGACACAGGGGAGUACUUCUGCAUCUAUCACACCUACCCUGAUGGGAUUUACAAGGGGAGCAUCUUCCUGGAGGUCCUAGGAAGCUCAGAGCGCAGCGUCGGGUUCCAGGUCCCAUUGCUUGCAGUGCUGGGGGUCAUCUUCAUAGCAGUCAUCGGGAUGGUGGCAUUGGCUAAAAAGAAGACAUCUUUCAGAAUCCCUUCGGCGGAAAGCGACCUCAGGAGAUCACCCCCUGCAAGCGACCUCAGGAGAUCACCCCCUGCACGGCAGGAGUGGAGCCCCAGCAUCUCCUCGUCCCCUGGAAACUAUGUACUGGCAGGAGCUACCCCCGCUGGCCUCUGCAGUGUGCAGAGGGAAAAUGACUAUGCUGAGCCUCAUGACUACUUUAAUGUCCUGAGUUACAGAAGCCUGGGCAGCUUCAGCUUCCUCACAGAGACUGGUUAGCAAUCCGAGGCAUCUCCCGGGAGAUAUGUUCCUGGCUUUGUAUUAUGGAUGGAUGUGUAAGCCUCUGUUCUCUCCAUCAAUCCUCUCUCUCUGUCUCUGUCUCUGUCUCUGUCUCUCUCUCUCUCUCUCUCUGUGUGUUCACUUGAGUGAAUAGAUGUCAUCCUCUUCUCCAUCUUUACUUCCUUUGUCCUUCCCUUACAUUCCCUUAUUGCAGACCAGAGGUGAAUAACUUGCAUCUUGGUCAUGAAUGUGAAUUUAAACAAAACAGAACAAAACAAAAACCAAAAAACACACACACCCCAAAACCCUUGACCUGGCUUUGCAUCUAGCAUUUUGAGCAGACCCUGUGACUCCAAGAAACACACUCCUCAUGAUAGUGCCAGACAGGAUUUUGUGCUCCAGGGUUUGUGGUAGAUGAUGAUAAUGAGACAGGUACAAAGCCACCCUUGUAUCAUUUCUCCUUGUCAUUUUCAUAAAUAUUCAUUCAUUCAAGGCAAUUUAUGAAUGAAACAUAGAUACCAGCCUCUAUGGUGAAGCUCAAGGGUGACUAAACCUUGUCUCUGCCCUUAGGAACAUACAGUGAAAUAGGGAGACAAUAUUUAUAUUAAAAUGUUAUAAGGAGAUGAAGACACAGGAUGCAGGUUUUCAGGAAGAGAUGUCGGUUCUGGGUGAGGUGUUAGCGUGGGUUUAGCUGUGGUGAAGUGGCUUGGGGUACAAAGGGAUCAAUGAGGCUGGACUGGUUGUGGAGGUCAAGUUUUGUAGGGAACAGGCAGGAACUAAAGUCUAUGCAGGUAAAAGUUCCAGGCACCAACCAAGGCACCUCAGAUUUUAUUCUCUGGACAGGGAUUCAAGUCUCCUUUUUUUUGUGUGAUAUAUUCAAAGUCCGAAUGUGAUGGCCUCAUACAGAGGACCCCAGGCUCUUUCAACCCCAUGUGCUGGGAAGCCCCCAGGCAAUAUGUGUCCACUGAAGAAACUGAGUCCUGGCAUCUGGGUCAAGAUACACCUUUUCUGGACCAAUCUACCAGUGAUCCACUGAAAAUAGAACCUGUUUCCCACCAAAAGGAAAAAUCUGGGUAAAGAGGGGGUAGAUAAGAGUAUGUGGGUGAUAAAAGGUUUCAAAAGUAAACACCAUUAAACUGGCUUCUUUGAACACUUUUAUCUACUCCCGACUUCUUUGUGUCAGGGGUGGGGCAUCUGAGCAGUUCAUUUCUGUUGAACUGUAUUUAAACCAAAUUUAAAAGACUUGAUCCUUCUACCAACUCUUCGAGGGAAUUACCAGUGAAUGAUUUCCUUUCACGGCACUGGAAUUGAGAGAGACUGUGAAACAAGGCUGUCUCUCAUCAACGGCUAAAACAAAGAAACAGCCUGGGGUUAAACAAAAAGACAGUUCAACUCCUAUUCCUCCUUAUAUUUGUAUUUUUCUCACCUUCCUUCCAAAUGGGUUUGUAGUCAGAAGCAGUGGAUUGAAAUCUGUCCCAAGCUCUGGUCCUUUAGAAGAGAGAUAAGUAUAAAAUGCUGUUGUUUUCUGUGGCAAUUCACAGUAUUUUUCUUGCAGAACCAGGAAUGAAAAUUGGUUGGGAGUAGAACACAAUUCAUGAAUUAGAGAUGAACUAAAAUGAGAUGACAGAGAGGGAGUGGUGCUUCGAUUUGGAGGAGCUGUAUAUCAAGCGAAGGUUGGACUGAGAGUUGGUCCUUACUUAACAUAGUUUUGGUCAUUGGGAGAUAUUUCCAAACCAUUGAGAUGGUGAUAAAAUUCCAAAGAUGUUGGAAAUGGUCAGACUACCAAAUGAGAUUCAGUUGGAUAGAAAAUCAAUUUCAAAAUAUAAUUCACUAAACUAGAUUGUCCUCUGAGAACACAAUCCCCUCACAGAUUCCUGGGGACAUAUGAUGUCUAGGACAGUAGCCAUUUUCCAUGUGUAGCCGUCCGCUUUUGAGGGAGGUUAAUCCAACCUGGGAUGAGCUGUGCGCAUAAAACACAUGCCCAAUUUUGAAGACAAUAAGAAUCAUAAAAAUAUAAACUAUCUCAUUUGUAAUUUAAAAACAUCGAUUACAUGUCAAAACAAUAACAUUUUGGAUUUAUUGGGCUAAAUAAAAUGUAUUAUUAAAAGUGA